ACGUUUGUCCUGUGUGUCUCUGUGUUGCCCUGGCGAUGAACCGGUGACCUGUCCAGGUGACCCCGCCUCUCAGCCUCCUGAUAGGAAAAGGCUGGAAGAUGGACGAAUAUUUACAGGAUAUGAAAGUGUUGAAAUCCUCAGAGGUCAUCAGGUGCAAGGCAGCAGUAGCCUGGGAGUUCAACCAGCCUUUGGUGAUCGAAGAGGUUGAGGUGCCGCCUCAGGAGAAGGAGAUCCGGAUCAAGAUCGUGGCAACAGGAGUGUGUCAGUCGGAUCUCUACUUCCUGUGCAAAUGUCUGAAUCAGACGAUGUUCCCGGCCGUUUUUGGCCAUGAAGCAGCCGGUGUGGUGGAGAGCAUCGGACCCGGGGUCACGGAGUUCCAGCCGGGAGACACAGUGAUCCCGCUGUUCAUGCCUCAGUGUCGGGAAUGCCGCCUCUGCAAGAGUCCCAAGACCAACCUCUGCGUCAACGGGUCGGCCGGUCGAAUAGAUGAGCGGAGCUUUGAGCGCUCCAGGAUCAGCUGCAGGGGCAGGAAGCUGCUGCAGUUCCUGGGAACCAGCAGCUUCUCUGAGUUCACCGUGGUGAAGGAGAUUUCUGUGGCCAAGAUCGACCCGGCCGCGCCGCUGGACAAAGUCUGUCUGAUCGGCUGCGCCAUCUGCACCGGGUACGGAGCGGCCGUCAAUACCGCCAAGGUGGAAGCGGGCUCCAGCUGCGCCGUGUUCGGUCUGGGAGCCGUGGGCCUGGCUGCGGUCAUGGGCUGCAGGGCGGCGGCAGCCAGCAGGAUCAUCGCCGUCGACAUCAACCCGGAGAAGUUUGAGAAGGCCAAGGUGUUGGGAGCCACGGAUGUGGUGAACCCCAACGACCACAGCAGGCCCAUCCAGCAGGUCAUCCAGGAGAUGACCGGCGGCGGAGUGGACUUCUCCUUCGAAUGCAUCGGGAAUGUGGAGGUCAUGCGCGGCGCCUUGGAGUCGUGCGCUGCCGGCUGGGGGGUCAGCGUGAUCGCCGGCUGGACGGACAUGCAGAACUUCAGCGCCCCGCCCAUCCAGCUGAUGACUGGACGGAAAUGGACGGGAACUCUGUUUGGAGGGUUUAAAGGGAAGGACGGCGUUGCUCAGAUGGUCAGAGCUUACCUGGACAGGAAGCUGAUGGUGGACGAGUUCAUCACCCACAACCUGAGGCUGGACCAGGUCAACGAAGCCGUGGAGCUGAUGAAGAACGGCCGGUGCGUCCGGGCCGUGCUGAGCGUCGCUCCUCAGUGACGUCAUCGAGCGUCUGAACGUUUCCAUCCUGUUGCCUGAUGGUAGAAAAUAAAGGAGCUGAUCUGGACUCUG